AUGCGUCAACUUGAUUUAGAGUCACUCAAUAUCUUCAUAACCAGAACUUUUUACGAGUUUGAUAUGAUGUUGAAAGCGAUAAUACGAAAAACCAAAGAAGCUAACCGUAAUUAUUAUACAAGUGCUCAAAAAAAUGUAAUAAAAACUCAGGAUUUAGAAGAUGCGUUUAUUUUUGUGCAGAAUUAA